AUGGCCAAGGAGGACAAGGACAUGCCCCGCCCAGAGGAUGGCGGCGGCCGGAAGAGGGGCGGCCACGGGGGUCCCAGCAGCAGCCGCCUGGCCUAUGCCAUCCUGGAUAACCCGCCGUGGUACCUCUGCAUCCUGCUCGGGACCCAGCACUUCCUCACGGCGAUGGGGGGCCUGGUGGCCGUGCCGCUCCUCCUGGCCAAGGACCUGUGUCUGCAGCACGACCCCCUGACCCAGAGCUACCUCAUCAGCACCAUCUUUUUCGUCUCGGGCAUCUGCACUCUCCUGCAAGUGUUCUUCGGGGUCAGGCUGCCCAUCCUGCAGGGCGGGACCAUUGGCUUCGUGGCCCCCUCGCUGGCCAUGCUCUCCCUCCCCGCCUGGAAAUGCCCCGAGUGGACAUCCAACGCCAGCCUGGUCAACACCAGCUCCCCCAUCUUCAUCGAGGAAUGGCAGAAGAGGAUCCGAGAGUUGCAGGGGUCCAUCAUGGUGGCGUCCUGCGUCCAGAUACUGGUGGGUUUCUCGGGCCUCAUUGGCUUCCUGCUGCGCUUCAUCGGCCCCCUGACCAUUGCGCCCACCAUCUCCCUGGUGGCCCUGCCUCUCUUCGACUCUGCGGGCAAUGACGCUGGCCUCCACUGGGGCAUUUCUGCCUUGACCGUCUUCCUCAUCGUGCUCUUCUCGCAGUACCUGAGAAACGUCGCGGUGCCCGUGCCCGUGUACGGGCGGGGGAAGAAGUGUCACACCUCCAGGUUCUACCUGUUCCAGGUCUUCCCGGUGCUGCUGGCCCUCUGCCUCUCCUGGCUGCUCUGCUUCAUCCUCACGGUCACCCACACCCUCCCCUCGGACCCCGCUGGCUACGGGUUCCAGGCCCGCACGGACACCAAAGGCGAUGUGCUGAGUCAGGCCCCCUGGUUCCGCUUCCCCUACCCAGGACAGUGGGGGGUCCCCACCGUCAGCCUGGCCGGGGUCUUCGGGAUCAUUGCCGGGGUGAUCUCGUCCAUGGUGGAGUCAGUCGGUGACUACUACGCCUGUGCCCGGCUGGUGGGGGCCCCCCCGCCUCCCCGGCACGCCGUCAACCGCGGGAUUGGCAUCGAGGGUAUCGGCUGCCUGCUGGCCGGGGCCUGGGGCACAGGCAACGGCACCACGUCCUACAGCGAGAACGUCGGGGCGCUGGGCAUCACCAGGGUGGGGAGCAGGAUGGUGAUCGUGGCUGCGGGCUGUGUGCUGCUCAUCAUGGGAAUGUUCGGGAAGAUCGGGGCGGCCUUCGCCACCAUCCCCAGUCCUGUGAUCGGAGGCAUGUUCCUGGUCAUGUUCGGGGUCAUCACGGCCGUGGGCAUCUCCAACCUGCAGUACGCAGACAUGAACUCCUCCAGAAACCUCUUCGUCUUCGGCUUCUCCAUCUACUGUGGACUCGCCAUCCCCAACUGGGUGAACAAGCACCCCGAGAAACUCCACACAGGGAUUCUCCAGCUGGACCAGGUCAUCCAGGUGCUACUGACCACCGGCAUGUUUGUGGGGGGCUUUCUCGGCUUCGUCCUGGACAACACCAUCCCCGGAAGCCCGGAGGAGCGCGGCCUGCUGGCCUGGAGCCAGCUGCAGGAGGGCUCUGAGGAGCCCGGCCUGGCCGCCGAGGUCUACAGCUUCCCCUGCGGGAUCGGCACCAGGACCUGCACCCGCGCCUCGUGCACGCGCUGGCUCCCCUUCUGGCCCCGGGCGGGGGCGCCAGGCGGGAAGGAGGAGGUGGGGAUGAGCCGGGUGGACCUCUGCUCCCAGCUGGGCUCCGGAGAGCGCCCCCACGGCACCCGCCAGAACAAGAUGUGA